UACCAGUUGGAAAUCCAUCAUCUCUUUUAAUUAUAAACAAAUGAUAAAGGGUGAGUAUCCUAUGUGUUUGUCCCCCAUUUAGAAAAAGGUGGAGAUAAGAAAAGUAAAUCAUGUGGACAAAAUCUCUUAGCAUAAGAAAAACAUAGCAGGGAGAUUAAAUCUGCAAGACUCUAUCGUUUAGUUAUUCCAGCAAACAAAGAGAAAUGGCUUAUGCUGCUCUUUCUUCACUUAUCUAUACAUUGGAACAACUCAUGAAACCUAAUCAAUCUUUGGUUUGUCGAAGCUGCACACAACAUAUGGAAUCUAUCUAUCAAAAUCUUUCUGCUAUGCAAGUUUUCCUUGAAGAUACGACGAAGGAAACCAAAGAUGUUGAAACUCUUAAGGUUAUAGAAAAGAGGAUCAGAGAUGUAAUAUACAAAGCAGAAGAUAGAAUCGAUUCAAGUCUAAGAAGCAUCAUUCUAGCAGAUCGCGAGGACAAGCGGCAAAAGGCUUGUAUAUCCUUUUAUGAAGAAUUGUUGAAAGUGGAACAACAAGUUUAUUUUCUCAACAAGGAGCUGAUGUUGAUCGAGUUUAACAACCAUGGAAGCAAAUCUGCAGAAUUAGCAACAAUGUCCUCUUCACUAGAAAAAAGUACAAUUGAGGAAAAUACUAUUGUUGGGAUGGAGGAUGACUUCAACACCAUACUUGAUCGCCUCACUGCCCAAACGAAGAAGUUAACUGUCAUACCAAUUUUUGGUAUGGGCGGUAUAGGUAAGACAACUCUUGCUAGAAAAGUUUAUGAUAAUUCAUAUAUUCGUUCUCGAUUUGAUAAACAUGCAUGGGUCACUGUCUCCGAAAAAUACAAUGAAAGACAAAUGUUGCUUGAAGUCGUCUCUUCAAUUACUGGAAGCAAUCAAGAAAUGAGCAAUGAUCGACUAAUGGAGAUUGUGUAUAGAGGUCUCAAGGGUCGGAGAUUUUUAAUUGUCAUAGAUGAUAUUUGGAGUACUAAGGCUUGGGACCAAAUGCAAAGAAUAUUUCCAAAUGAUGACAACAAUAAAAGCCGAAUUCUAUUAACCACUAGACUCAAGUAUGUUGCUGAUUAUGUCAGUUGUCCUGAUUUUCCGCCUCAUUGUAAGUCUUUCUUAAAUCUUGAUGAUAGUUGGAAUCUGUUCACUGAAAAAUUAUUCAAAAGAGAUCCUUGUCCUCUUCUACUAGAAGAAACUGGAAAACAUAUUGUACAACAAUGUCGAGGAUUGCCUCUUUCAGUUGUUGUGGUUGCUGGACUUCUUGGAAAAAUGGAUCCAACGUAUGAUAAUUGGAAGAAAGUUGAGGAAAAUCUGAACUCAUUCUUUGGUACGGUAUCUGAACAGUGCCAAUCAAUUCUUUCCUUGAGCUACAAUUACUUGCCCCAAUAUUUAAAGGCUUGUUUUCUCUAUGUUGGUGGUUUUCCAGAAGACAGAAAGAUUGAUGUUUCCAAUUUGAUUAGGCUAUGGAUUGCUGAGCAAUUCAUAAGGGAAAGAAGCAAUAAAAGGUUAGAAAUGGUGGCAAAGGAGUAUCUGGAAGAGUUAAUUGAUAGAAGUCUAAUUUUGGUUGGUAUACGAAAGGCUAAUGGAAGGAUGAGAACUUGCAAAAUUCAUGGUCUUCUUCGCCAACUAUGCCUAAGAGAAGCUCAUACUGAAAAUGUUUUGCAUGUCACGAAUAGGAAUGUCCCCGUGUCCUCAAAAGACGAUCCUACAAGUGUAACCCGCACCUUUAUUUCAAAGCAAUCUAUUAGUUCAGAUUUUCCAAAACGGAUUGGCUCCAUUGUUUCACAGUUCAAAUUGCUUAAGGUGUUGGAAGUAUUAUCAAUUGAUUACGAUUUCUCUUUUGUUAUACCUCAGCUUGUACAUUUGAGAUAUGUUGCUGCAAGAAUUAUGAUGGCUCUUUCACUAGCUAAAUUGAGAAAUCUACAGACCAUAAUUCUUCAAAGAAUUUUCAAAUUAAGGAAAAAUCGCCAGAGUUGAUUCUCCCACUAGAUAUUUGGACAAUGUCAGAGAUAAGACAUGUGGAUAUUGGAUUGCCACUAUAUAUAUCUAAUCCUCUUGAUGCCGAAAAUCAUAGUAUUGGUGAACAACCUCUGUUUCUGAACAACUUGCAAAUGCUUUAUCUCCGUCACACUCCUUUUGUUGCGGAAAUCAUAAGAAGAACUCCCAAUCUAAAAAAGCUAAAGAUUUUAGAUGAUUCUGAGCAUCCUGAUUGGCCUGCUAUUCUUGAUUCUCUCAGUCUUCUAGAAGAUCUCGAGACACUAUACAUAGAAACAGAAGAAAACAUUUUCUCUGGAGUUAUUUUGCCUUCUAAUAUCAAAAAACUGAUAUUAAGUCCUAAUAUCAAGAAAUUGAUAUUAACAGGUACUCGUAUACCAUGGGAAAUUGUGAAUUUGCUGGCUAAUUUACCCAAUCUUGAGGUGCUCAAAGGGUAUCGUGCAUUCGAUGGAACAGAUUGGAAACUAGAUGAAGAUGUUGUGUUUCACAAAUUAAAGUAUCUACUAAUUGUUGAGGUAGGUCUGGAAAGGUGGGAAGCAUGUAGUGAUAAUUUUCCGAUGCUUGAGCAACUAUUACUAGAUUGGUUGUAUGAACUGGAGGAGAUUCCGGAGAGUAUUGGAGAUAUAAUGACACUAAAAUUGAUCCAAAUAGAUGAUUGCAGCUCUGGUGUAGAGAAUAGUGCAAAGAGAAUUCAAGAAGAGCAAGAGAGCUUGGGAAAUUAUGAGCUUCAAGUUCGUAUUAUUAGUUACAGGAGUGUGUAGAAGGCUUUCCCAUCUAGUUGGGAACUCUGCUGGUGUUAACACUGAGUAAAUGAGAUAGCAUUUUGUAUUUUUUAUCCUGACACCUAUAUUCUGGAGCUUGUAUAUUUUUUCAUAAUCAGAUUUCUAUUUCCGAAAACAGUCUCCAUGGUAAGGUUUGCGUACAUUCUAGAGUUUCAUCAGGUAUAUUGUUGUUGUAUAAUCAGAUGUGUAGUGGAGCUUAUAAUAGUUAGAUUUCCGGAAUGUUCGAACAUUUUGAAUACUUGA